CUUGGUUUUGGACCAGGAACCCACAGCGAUGAGUAUUUGCUAGCCUUGCAGCGCUCUCUAUAUACCAACGUCUCGCUCGCAUACACGUCCACAAGCACCCACAGCUUAUCGGCGUGUGCAUCAUGGAGAUUCGGAUGAGUCGGCGCAGGCGAAGCCCCUAUCUUUAACCAUCGACUACGACGAGCCCGCGACAUGGCCUACGAAAGUGUACCACUCGACCAGUUCUCGGAGAAGUUCUCGUCUUUGACAGAGCUUUCGAGCGUGGCCAUCGGAGGAAAGGUUAUAUCGGUGUCCGAUGAGUUUUUCGCGGAGGCGUAUCAUCUUCUCCUUGUAGAGCCUGCGCCUAGUUUAAAAGGACAGUUCGGUCCGAAUGGAGCGUUAUACAGCGGCUGGGAGAGUCGCCGCCACAACCCCAACUACGAUUGGUGCAUUAUCAAAUUGGGAACAUCCGGCACCAUUCUGGGUUUCGACGUCGACACGACCCAUUUCAACGGCAAUGAAGCACCGGAAGUCUCCGUACAGAUUCUCAAUGGCCCUGUGGAUCAGCCACCGGCGGAAAACGACCCUCGCUGGGUGGAAGUACUGCCCAAGGUUCCAAUUGGCCCAACAGCUCGCCACCUAUUCACUAUACCGGAAACGACUUGCGCGAACUACGUCAAGUUGAACAUGUAUCCGGAUGGCGGCAUUGCGCGUUUCCGGGUUUAUGGGAAAGUUGCGCCCGUAUUCCCUAGCGAUCCCUCCCAGCUGUUCGACUUGGCGCAUGUAUUCGCUGGCGGGGUAGUUGAGUUUACCUCCGACCAGCAUUUCGGGGUGGGCUCGAACUUGAUCUUGCCGGGCAGAGGCAAGGACAUGGGCGAUGGUUGGGAAACCAAACGUAGCCGUCAGCCAGGCCACAAGGACUGGGUGAUCAUCAAACUAGGCGCUCCUGCGACCCUGGAGCAAGUCGAGAUCGAUACUGCGCAUUUCAAGGGCAACUUCCCCGAAAGCGUUGAGCUUCAUGCAUUGAAGGUGGACGACAACGUGGACUGGGCCUCGACGAAGGGCGAGAGGGAGGACUGGACGCUCAUCCUCCCGCGAUCUAAGGUCGGACCUCAUCGCCAGCACUACUUCGUGUUGGAGAACGUCAAGGGCAAGAUCUACACGCAUGUCAAGAUGACCAUCCAUCCCGACGGCGGUGUGAAGCGCGUCCGCGUCCUAGGAUACCGCGCAGGCGAUGUGCCGAACUCUACGACGCAGCCCGCGACGCUUCGAGUGCCAUCCGGCAUAGCUGAUGCGCGAAGACCUGUCGAACUGGACUCGACGGCGACUAUCAUCCCAGCGCUGCCGCUCACGCCAGAGGCCUUUGCACCCUUCGGUCAAGUCGUUCAAGCCUAUGGCGAUCAUGCGGCUGCGCCGAAAGGAACCAAGAUCACUCCUGCCAACGCGGGAACUGCGAGCAAGUUCCAUAAGCAAGCUCUUCUAGAGUCGUCGUACGACCCAGCAGUCGGGGCAACCACCGGGUUGUCCGUGUAUCGUUGCAACCCAGUGCAGCUGUCUGCAGACCGCGUCUUGCCUCUCCAAGUGCUAGAGAGGCACCCAUAUACGAACCAGGCAUUCAUCCCUAUGGGUAAGGGAAGUGGCGAGGGAUUAGUAGAUCCUGGCGUGGCGUAUCUGGUGACGGUAGCGAAGAACGGCAAAGACGGUCGGCCGGAUUUAACGACUCUGCGUGCCUUCGUCGCCACGGCAGCGCAAGGCAUCGUAUAUAACACUGCUGUGUGGCGUACGUCCUCUUCUACUCGUCGCUGCACAUCGAAGCUGACCGUGUUCAUGAAGAUCAACCAAUGACGGUGCUGGACAAGGUAAGCCA